GAGUACGUCCGCGAUAUUCCCGCGAUUAAAGUAAAUGUCAAUUAUUUUCUUAUAGUUUAUAUAGGACAUGUGCUAAACUUUUUUACUACAAUCAAGAUUCAACAAAUCGACAAUGCAUGCGCAUAGUUAACAAUUAACAUAUUGUCAUAUUAUUCAAUUGAACAUUUAACAUUAGUUUUGUGUUGACUUUACCUAUCAAUUCAAUUUAUACCUAUUGUAUUGGGUAAUUCACAUUAUUUCACUAAACUUGUGGUUACAAUGGCAUGUUUUAUUGGCAUGAUUUAAUAAAACUGCACUGUAAAUUAUACUUAAAGCAAUAUCAAUAAUGAGGCAUCAGAUGAAAAUUGAUAAAUAUUACUCAUUCAAAGCAUCAAAAUCGUUGAAAUUUGAGAAAAAUGAUUACUAUGGUAAUAACAAUAUAAAGACUGAAAUGGAAACUCCAAAAAAGAGGUCUAAUGCAAGUCUUCAAAUACCUUCUCCUUCUAAGACACCAAAACUAAAUAUAUCAGAUGUAAUUAAUUUAAGCAGUAGUGAUGAAGAAAGUCCAUUAUCAGAUGCUACUAUUGCUUAUACUCCAGAAGCACAAUCACCUAUAAAUCCAAGCUCUUCAGAAGGCUUUAUAAACACAAGAACAUUUAGUAUUAAAAAGGAAUCUUACCCAGAUACCAGCCAAUACACAGAACACAUUGAAUGUGUAGGUGAUCAAGCUAAAUCACCCACAAGUAGUACUUCUAGAACAACAAAAAAAUAUUUCUCACCAAAUAAAAAACGGAUUGUUACUAUUAGAUCACCUGGAAGAGCAAGAAAAAAUUUGACCAAAAUCAUUUCUGAAAGUAAUGAUAAUGAUUUAAUAGAAGCUUGUAGUGGUUACGAUGAUAAAACAAUAUUUGUCAUUAAAAUAAUCCAACAAUGUUUGAACAACAAAGAUUUAAAGUCAUUAUUGGAUGAAAAUUCACAAAAGGUACUUCAAAACUGCAUGAGUGUUCUUAAGCCAGGAUUACAUUUAGUAUGUAAACUUUAUUGGAGAAAAGAAGCUUGGUAUAGGCCAGAAAAAAUUGAGGAUGUUUUUAUAAAAGGCAACUACUCGGUUAACUUGAAACAAAUAUUGGACAGUUUAAUUCAAAAUGGAUUACUUCAGACAAAUGAUGCCAAUCGUGCAAAUGCAUUGAAUUUAGAUUUUUACUUUGAUACAUUAAAAGUGAAUGAAGUAAAAGAAAUAUGUAAGGAAUUCAAAAUAAAAUUUAAAAACAAGGAAGCAGCCAAAGUUUCAUUGGAAAAGUUUUGUAAUCAAAAAACUAUUGGUCAUUAUUUUGCCACAACAUCACAAACUAAUAAUCAAAGAGUUUUGGAAUCACUUCGCUUAAAGUGUGGUGAAUGCUUCAAACUUACAGAAAAUACUCGCAGAACACUGGACGAACUAUAUAUUUUAAUGUAUUUGGGGAUCGAUUGGAGUAUUUUAAAAGAAAAGAAUGUAGAACUGAUGCUCUUUAACAUUAAAAGCAAAAGUGAAACAUAUCCUGCUCAAGACAUAAACUUGAUUGAUAAUGCUAGUAUUGUUUUUAAGAAUAGGCGUGAGUUCAAGAGCUAUAUACAAGCAAGCGAAAUUUAUGAGGAAUUUCUGAAUACAAGUGAUACUUUAAUUCGCCGUAGUAUUAUUGAAAAGGUGUAUAAACAAUAUUUGGAAAUAAAGUCUGAAGAAAUGACAAGUUACAUAUCCUUACCAGUGUGGCUUCGUAAAUUCACACCUCCACACCUCUAUAUUAGAAUUCUAGAAAGUGGGUUGCCCGAUUUAAAAAAGCCGCUAGAGAAAGAAAAAUACUGCCAGUUAGCAGUGGACAUAUUGAGAAUGAUGGUAUCACAGGAUGCGUUUAGAUCGCAGAAGAAACCGGAGUGGUACGCUGAGAUGGCAUUGAUUUAUGAUAAAUGUUUAAAUAAUCCUGACAAGGCAGCAGAGAUUGUAUUGGAGGGCUUCAGUAAGUUAAAUGUACGUGAUUAUGAAAAGGAUUCUCUGCGUGUACGUGCACGUAUGUUAACGAACAGAGUAACGAACAAGCCCUUUGAUAGACUGGUCAUCGCGUUAACGGGGCACGCACUUCAGGAACCGGUGGAGAAGGAUAUUAAAGCGACACAUAUCAAUAAACAAGCUAUGGAAACUAUUGAUAAAGGAAAGAAAAAGUUUGAGUGUCGUUUACCUGAUAGCACUAUAGUAAUGGAAGCAGAAGAAUACUGCAGAAGAUAUUAUAUCGAAGAAAGAGAAUAUACGCAUGGUGAACACUGGGAAGGGACUAUAGCAACUACCAUAUUCACAUUGCUAUUUUGGGACAUAAUAUACGCGGAAUUGCGUGGGGUAAGGGGCAUUUUCAUUACGCCUUACCAAAAGUACCCAUUGGAUUUGUUCACCGAAAGCUUUUAUUUGAACAGGCAAUGUUUGAUUGAAGACAGGCUCAAUAAUAUGGAGAAAGCGAGUGUUGAGGAUCUGAUUCCUUCUAUGAAGAAAGUAUGGGAUACGAGGCCUGAAUGUGAGCUUUCAGACAUACAGCGUAAAAAAAUUAGUUGGGACAAAAUCGAGGCUGUGUGUAGAUGUCUGGGAAAUAGGUCUUUGGUAGUCAUUUGUCGGAGGCUUGCUUUGGACUAUAGAUACAAUCACAGCGGCUUCCCAGAUCUGACAAUGUGGAAUCCGCACACCAACCAGAUAACAUUUGUGGAAGUAAAGACGGAUUCGGACAAGCCGUCAAUAAAGCAAAUUCAAUGGAUGAGAUAUCUUCAAUGUAACAAUAUUAAUACAGAAUUUUGUUACAUCGGCACGAACACCACGAAAUCCAAAGCGCGAAAUGUCAAUAAUUUAUGUUAACCUUAGUUUGUUUUAUUCUUAUUCAAUUAUAUGUUUUGACUCUUAUACAAUAAUCGCCCUUAUAACAGGGUACUAUUAGAACGCGUUCAGUCCCUCGUAUAACACGGCUAUCGCGGGAAUUUCCUCAUGUAACAUGAGGAUUUCACACUUUAUAUUUAUAUGCUGUGACAUUUAUAAUGAUUUGUUCGCACAUAUUUCGUUCAUAAUAUGGAUUCUUUUGAUAUUCCAUUUAAAUACCAGAAAAGAUAAACGUGCAUUAUUUCUACAUAACGCGUUUCAUAUAAUAAUACUCCUACAACACGUAUAACGCGGAACUAAUGUACCGUGUUAUAGGGAUCCUCCCUAUACUAUAUACUUUCAUGUAAGAAUAUUAUCUUUAUUGUAUUGAAACGUCGAAUUAUGUAAUAAACUUGCGUAUGAAUUUUAUACUGGCAAUUUGAGGCUGAAAUAAGUGAAAUGAGAUGAAAGAAAAGCAUUUUAUUUCAUAUUAAAUUUAUUCUUUAAUUAUCUUAUCUCUUAGUUUUUUUGGUUUUGGCUGUGUUAUUGUUUUCAACUAUCUAGUCUUAAAAAAAAUUCGUUAUCAAAAAAGAAACGUAGUUUGGCAGUUUAAGUUCAAAUUACCAAUGUACUGACAUAAUAUUGUAAGGUGCUAUUAUAUUUAGUUAUUCGGUUUAAGUACAAUUUACGUAAGCACAAAUAUUACACAGAGUAUUAAACGCUAUGAAAAAAAGCCUGCAUCGUUUCUAUGAAAGUUUUUCCCUUAAGCGCCAGAAAUAUACACUAUAUUACGAUCGCAUUCAAUACUUUGUGAAAAUCAUAAGUCAUAUACUACAGGUAACAUUACUAUGGAAACGUUAUUUAUGUAAAAUAAAAUAAGAUCCGUCGUGACCUAAUCAGGUUUAUUGGAUCAUUUUAGACUUUUUAAGAGUUUACAUUUCUAUAGAAUUGUUAUUAGUAGUAAAUUUUCCUAAAUAAUAUAUUAAU